GAUUGUAUCAUGGAUGGUAUAGUCUCUGAUAGUAUCGUGGAUGGAAACGUCUUUGAUUGUAUCGUGGAUGGAAACGUCUUUGAUUGUAUCGUGGAUUUAAACGUCUUUUAUUGUAUCGUGGACGGUAUCGUCUUUGAUUGUAUCGUGGAUGGAAACGUCUUUGAUUGUAUCGUGGACGGUAUCGUCUUUGAUUGUAUCGUGGAUGGUAACGUCUUUGAUUGUAUCGUGGAUUUAACAGUCUUUGAUUGUAUCGUGGAUGGUAAAGUCUUUGAUUGUAUCGUGGAUGGUAUCGUAUUUGAUUGUAUCGUGGAUGAUAGAGUCUUUGAUUGUAUCGUGGAUGGUAUCGUAUUUGAUUGUAUCGUGGAUGAUAGAGUCUUUGAUUGUAUCGUGGAUGGUUAA